AUGUUCUCAGUACCAGGAUGGUCCGUUUCGGCGGCCAGCCUGCAGACGGAGGGUGCCAAGGACGUCAAGGGAAAUACAGACAAGCCGGCGGACAAGGCGGGCCCCAACAAGAGGAAGAGGCAGUCUGGACCCUCCAACGUCAACCCGGCCAACGUUGCGGAUCUAUGGGAGAGUGUCAUUGAGGGCAAGUCGGGAAAGAAGGCCAAGCUGGACGAAGCUGGUGGCGCCCCAACCCUUUCCAGAAAGGAGAAGAAACGGGCCAACAAGGAGGCGGCUCUAGCCAAGCAGGCCGAGAAUGGAGGUGACGCAGCCGUCAUCCAGGGUGCCGCAGCAAAGGCUGGCGGCAAGAGUUCGGUCAAGGACGAUGUUGCCGUACCUGAUCCUACCUCGAAAGAAUCUGGAAAGGAGAGCAAGAAGGACAAGAAGAAGAAGCAAAAGAAAUCCAAGGGUGAAGAGGCCGAGGAUGACAAACAGCCAGAAUCCCCAGAGACGAAAAAGGACGUCAACAAGGCGGCACCAGUCACGGCGCCUGCACCAUUGCCCAAGCUCACACCACUCCAGGCCUCCAUGCGGGAGAAGUUGAUAUCGGCACGAUUCCGCCAUCUCAAUGAGACGCUGUACACGCGGCCGUCAGCCGAGGCGUUCGGUCUGUUCGAGGAGUCCCCCGAAAUGUUUCAAGAGUACCACGAGGGCUUCCGGCGCCAGGUCAACGUCUGGCCCGAGAACCCGGUCGACGGGUACAUUGCCGACAUCAAGGCCCGGGGCCGGCAGCGACAGGCACCCAAGGACGGCGGCAAAAGUGGCAGAGCUGGACCCGUGGCUCCUCUGCUGAGGACCAACGGCACCUGCACCAUUGCGGAUCUGGGCUGCGGCGACGCCAAACUGGCCGAGACGCUCCAGGCCGACCGCAAAAAGCUCAACCUGCGGGUCCUGUCCUACGACCUGCAGAGCCCGAGCCCCCUCGUCACCCGCGCCGACAUUGCCAACCUGCCGCUCGAGGACGGUAGCGUCAAUGUGGUCAUCUUUUGUCUUGCCCUCAUGGGCACCAAUUGGCCCGCCUUCAUCGAGGAGGCCUACCGCAUCCUGCACUGGAAGGGCGAGCUCUGGAUCGCCGAGAUCAAGUCGCGCUUUGCCGCACCCGCCGCCAAAAAGGGCAAACCCGUCACUCACAGCGUCGGCAACCGAAAGAAGCAGCAACAAGGCAAGAAGGGAGGCAAGGGUGACGCCGAGGACCAGGGAGCCAACGAGGAGGCAUUGGCCGUCGAGGUCGACGGCGCCGAAGCCAGGAAGCAGGAGACCGAUGUCUCGGCCUUUGUCGAGGCCCUAAGGAAGCGUGGAUUCUUGCUGCAGGCCCAGGGCGGUAGGGAUGCUGUCGACCUGAGCAAUAAGAUGUUUGUCAAGAUGAACUUUGUCAAGGCUGCGCCGGCUCUCGUUGGCAAAAAUAUUGUUGCUGACAAGGAGCCGGCUCGUGGCGGCGCAAAGAAGGGUGCCGUCAAAUUCAUUGAUGCCGGAGAUUCCGGCGCAGUCGAUGAGAGCAGCAUUUUGAAACCCUGCGUUUACAAGAUAAGGUAG